UUAAGAGUUAUGGAUAUGGAGAGGCUUGAUUGAUUAAGACGGCUGAAAAUAUGAAGGAUUUAGCUCCAAACUUGUCCAGCACUGAGACUGACACUGAUGACUUUGUCGCAGUCCUGGAUGAGUUGUUGGACGGUGAAGCAAAGAAAAGGCCAAAAAAGUUCCACUCAUGGGAACCAAUGAAUGUGUUGAAGAGGCAUGUAUUUAGAGACGAAGGAUCUUUCGGAGGGAUGUGUUGUGUUUGUGGGCGGAGGUUGGAAAAGGAUUUGGGUGUGCCAUUGGGGGUAUAUACUAAGGGUCUAAGGCUGGGAAACGAUGAUGUCGUUGGAUUGCAAAUCGAGGACAUGAAAAAUUUAUCACGAAAUAAAAAGCUUUACUUGGUACUCAACCUUGAUCAUACACUGCUCAAUUCAACUGAGAUAAUUCGUUUGACUCCACAGGAGGAAUAUCUGAAGAUUCAAACACAUCCUCUGCAGUGUAUGUGAUUGUUGCCUAUCUCAUUGGUUGGCUUGCUUGGAAAUUGUUUUCUUGCUUUUAUGUCAUU